GGAUGUAAUCCCCUUGCACAGACCGGCCGGAGCAAACUACAGAACCAGAGGGCUGCUUUGAAUCAGCAGAUCCUAAAGGCCGUGCGGAUGAGGACAGGAGCAGAAAACCUUCUGAAAGUAGCCACAAACCAGAAGGUGCGGGAGCAGGUGCGCCUGGAGCUGAGUUUCGUUAACUCAGACCUGCAGAUGCUCAAGGAGGAGCUGGAGGGGCUCAACAUCUCAGUAGGAGUGUACCAGAGCACAGAGGAGGCAUUCACAAUUCCCUUGAUUCCUCUUGGCCUGAAGGAGACCAAAGACGUUGACUUUUCAGUCGUCCUCAAGGAUUUUAUCCUGGAACAUUACAGUGAAGAUGGUUAUUUGUAUGAAGAUGAAAUCGCAGAUCUGAUGGAUCUGAGGCAGGCUUGUCGCACACCCAGCCGGGAUGAGGCGGGGGUUGAACUGCUGAUGGGCUACUUCGUCCAGCUGGGCUUUGUGGAGAGCAGAUUCUUCCCGCCCACCUGCCACAUGGGGCUCUUGUUUACCUGGUAUGAUUCCCUCACCGGGGUUCCGGUCAGCCAACAGAACCUGCUGCUGGAGAAGGCCAGCAUCCUGUUCAACAUCGGAGCCCUCUAUACCCAGAUCGGGACCCGGUGCAAUCGGCAGACUCAAGCUGGGCUGGAGAGUGCCAUGGACGCCUUCCAGAGAGCUGCAGGGGUCUUAAACUACCUGAAGGAGACGUUCACUCAUACUCCGAGCUACGACAUGAGCCCCGCCAUGCUCGGUGUGCUGGUCAGGAUGAUGCUCGCUCAGGCCCAGGAAAGUAUCUUUGAGAAAAUCAGCCUCCCUGGGAUCCGGAAUGAGUUCCUCUUGCUGGUGAAGGUGGCACAGGAGGCUGCCAAGGUGGGAGAGGUCUACUGGCAGCUGCACACGGCCAUGAGCCAGGCGCCCGUGAGAGAGAACAUCCCCUACUCCUGGGCCAGCCUGGCCUGCGUGAAGGCCCACCACUAUGCGGCCCUGGCCCACUACUUCACCGCCACUCUCCUCAUCGACCACCAGUUGAAGCGAGGCGCGGACGAGGACCACCAGGAGCAGUGCCUGUCACAGCUCUACGACCACAUGCCAGAGGGGCUGACUCCCCUGGCCACGCUGAAGAAUGAUCAGCAGCGCCGGCAGCUAGGAAAGCGCCACCUGCACAGAGCGCUCACGCACCACGAAGAGUCGCUGAGGGAGGCCAGCCUGUGCAAGAAGCUGCGCGGCAUCCAGGUGCUCCAGGAGGUGCUGUCGGCCGCGCACCAGCGCACGAGGCUCAAGCACACCCAGCACCAGGAGGAUGACGACCUUCUGGACUUGACCGAGGCGCCCAACAUUGUCUCUAAAACUGAACAAGAGGCUCAAAUGAUAUUGCCCCAGUUCUCCAAAGUGACAGUAACGGACUUCUUCCAGAAGCUGGGGCCCCUGUCGGUGUUCUCGGCUAAUAAGAGGUGGACGCCUCCUCGAAGCAUUCACUUCACCGUAGAGGAAGGGGAUCUGGGGUUCACCUUGCGAGGCAAUGCCCCUGUUCAAGUCCACUUUCUGGAUCCUUCCUGUUCUGCUGCGCUGGCAGGAGCCAAGGAGGGAGAUUAUAUCGUUUCCAUUCGAGGCGUGGAUUGUAAGUGGCUGACAGUGAGCGAGGUUAUGAAGCUGCUGAAGAGCUUCGGUGGGGAGGAGAUCGAGAUGAAGGUCGUGAGCCUCCUGGAUUCCACGUCGUCCAUGCUUAGUAAGUGUGCCACGUACUCUGUGGGAAUGCAGAAAACUUACUCCAUGAUCUGCUUAGCCAUAGAUGAUGAUGAUAAAACUGAUAAAACCAAGAAAAUCUCGAAAAAGCUUUCAUUCUUGAGUUGGGGCACCAAUAAGAACCGCCGGAAAUCAGCUAGCACCUUGUGCCUCCCGGCAGUCGGGGUGUCAAGGCCUCACGUCAAGAAGAAGCUCCCGACUCCUUUCAGCCUGCUGAGCUCUGACAGCUCUCUGUACUGACCGGGGGAAGCGGAAACGGCCACUUUCAGGGUUCACCGGGCCUUAACAUUUGUGCCAUAAUGUGGAGUAUCAAUAUGUUCAGAUCCCAUUUUCUCACAUGUAUGUGAUGUGCUUUUAUGAAAGUAACAGAAGCUUCUUGACGUUGUUGGGAAACACAUGUACUUGAGGAGUGUCACGAUAUUGCUGCAAGUUAUUUAUUCUGUAAAGUAUUGUACAUAGAGUAGUGUUGAAAGUAUGUCUGUUUUUAAUGGUUACAGUGACCACUUUUAAGUACUCCGAGUUAAACUGUGGUUACCUGCAUUAGUACUGUUUGUUAACUGUCCUGGUUUGGGUAAUAAUCUUUCCUUAACCUAGAAUUCAGAUGACCCUUGAAUUAGGGCAGGUCAGAGGACUAUAAUGAUAGAAUGAGAUUUCUGUUCCUCAUAACUGUUCUAAAGAGCUGCUGCUUCAUGGAAUUCAUUAACUUAAAAUAAGAUUUUGCCAUUAUUUCUACAUAAUAUGAAUGCUGUUUCCAAGUAAAGUCUAGUGCCAAAUUUGUCUUGAAUUUUUUUUUCUUUAAGAUUUUUUGGCAGUGCUAAAAAAAAAAAAAGUACUACCAAAAAAUAAAAAUAAAAUUUAGGAGCAGCUCUUCCUCCAAUUUGAUGCCAUUUAUAAGUUGCUAACACAGUGGCAGUGUUAGAUGGAGAUGCUGUCUACAGGGUAGAUAAUAUACUGUUUGAUACUCAAAACAUUUUCAUUUUGUUUAAAGUAGAAAGUACAUAUUAUAAGAGUCUUGGGUAAAAAGGUAGCUUUACAUUUUAUACGGUGAAGAUGUAAAUGAUUCAAGUUUAAAGCUCUAUUUGACUUCUUAAAAUGAACCUUACCAGUUUGAUUUCUUUGGUUACAAGUUGGAUGACACCAUUGCUCUAAUAAGAUUCAUGGUUGACACAGUAAAAGUGACGUAGCUUAAAAAUACAGCAUUGAAAUCUAAUUUUGAGAAUUAACAAGAAUUUUAUAUUGUGCAAUAUCUUAAGGGAAGCAACCAGCUUUGGGAAAGUGUAUCUAUCCACUGCUUAUAGGGCUGUGUUUGUAUAAAUAUUUAAAUAAACAUACUUAUCUGA